AAAGAAAAGAAGAAAAACGCAAAGAGAUCUCAGAAAAAAAUUGAAAAGAAAAUGUUGGAAAUAUAAAAGGAAAAAGAAUCUGUUACCGCAUACCACAACAUUUCCUUUGAAUUUUUAUAUUUCCACAGAAUUAGGUUUUCUGUUCGUAUUUUAUAUAGAUAUUUAAUUUUUCUCUAGAAGGAAUUACUCUCGAUUCAGUUAAGGUUUCAUACGACUGGAUUAAAAUUUACGAUUUUAUCAUCUGUAAAGAUUUUGUGAUUGUGUUUUCUUCCAGCUGAAUCCAUAAAGAUUCCCUUUUUUUGCCCUUGGGAAUUGGGGGUUUUUGUUAAUUUUUGUUUUAGAGUGAUAUGGUAAGAAUUCGGGGAUCAAGAGAUGUUCUCAUCGCCGAUUAGUCGGCGAUUGGAUUAAUCUGUCCUGAAAGUUUUUGUAUGGAAACACGGAGUCGGAAGCGGGCGGAGGCAAACACCUCAGCAGCGCCUUCUUCUUCCUCUGGUCCAACCACCCGUGCCUCCAAGCGUGCUCGUCUUUCUGCCUCUAACGUCGCCACUGCCUCUUCCUCCACGACCUCAUUGAUAUCCAUUCGUUCUCGUGCUUUGACUCGAUCGAAAGAUUCGGUAGUUUCAUCCGCUCUAAUGGACCCAGCCCCCGAAGCCUCUGCUGUCUCUGCUUCGACAACCCGUGGUCGUCGUGGCAAAAACCCUGGUAAUCAAAAUUCUGAUAACAAAGAUAACACUAAUUUGAAUAAAGGCAAGGAAAAAGAGCAUGAAAGCAGGGUUAGGGAUAGAGAUAGAGAUAGAGAUAGAGAAACUGAAAGGAGCUCAGGGCUGAACAUUGAUUCCCAUGACGGUGACGAUGAUGAUAACGACAGCGAGGGAGGAGUCGGGAUUUUGCACCAGAAUUUGACUUCAGCAAGCAGUGCCCUUCAGGGGCUUUUGAGAAAACUGGGCGCCGGGCUAGAUGAUCUGCUUCCUAGCUCUGCAAUGGGGUCUGCCUCGUCCUCCCAUCAGAGUGGAAGGCUGAAGAAGAUUUUGACAGGUUUGAGGGCAGAUGGUGAGGAAGGGAAGCAAGUGGAAGCUUUAACGCAGCUAUGUGAGAUGCUUUCCAUAGGGACUGAGGACUCACUGAGUUCUUUUCCGGUGGAUUCUUUUGCUCCGGUGCUUGUUGGGUUGAUUAAUCAUGAAAGUAACCCAGAUAUAAUGCUUCUCGCAGCUAGGGCACUGACUCAUUUGGUUGACGUGCUACCCUCUUCGAGUGCUGCCGUGGUGCAUUAUGGUGCAGUCACGUGCUUUGUUGCUCGACUGCUUACUAUUGAGUACAUGGACUUGGCUGAACAGUCAUUGCAAGCCCUGAAAAAAAUUUCUCUGGAGCACCCAACUGCUUGCUUGCGGGCAGGAGCACUUAUGGCUGUUCUUUCAUAUCUUGACUUCUUCUCUACUGGAGUUCAGAGAGUGGCAUUAUCGACUGCUGCAAAUAUUUGCAAAAAAUUACCUUCAGAUGCAUCUGACUUUGUGAUGGAAGCUGUUCCGUUGUUGACUAAUCUUCUUCAGUAUCAUGAUGCAAAGGUUUUAGAACAUGCAUGUAUUUGCUUGACCCGGAUUGCUGAGGCAUUUGGGUCAUCGCCAGAGAAGCUUGACGAACUCUGCAAUAAUGGACUUGUUACCCAAGCCGCGGCCAUAAUUUCCACUAGCAAUUCUGGAGGCGGUCAAGCUUCACUCAGCACUUCUACAUACACGGGCUUAAUUCGGCUUCUAUGCACUUGUGCGAGUGGUUCUCCUUUAGGGGCAAAGUCUCUACUACUACUUGGGAUCAGUGGUAUUCUUAAAGAUAUCCUAUUGGGGUCUGGCCUUGUAUCCAGCAUGUCUGUUUCACCUGCCUUGAGUAGACCACCAGAGCAGAUUUUCGAGAUUGUCAAUCUGGCUAAUGAGCUUCUUCCCCCACUGCCUCAAGGAACAAUAUCUCUUCCAGCCAGCAGCAAUCUGUUUGUUAAAGGUUCUUUUUCUAAGAAGGGUCCUGCAGGCAAUUCCACCAAACAGGAAGAUUUGAAUGGGAACGUGCUAGAGGUUUCAGCUCGUGAGAAAUUGUUGAAUGAUCAUCCUGAGCUGCUGCAGCAGUUUGGAAUGGAUCUCCUCCCUGUUCUAAUCCAGAUAUAUGGGUCCAGUGUAAAUGGUCCUGUUCGGCACAAGUGCCUUUCAGUUAUCGGAAAACUUAUGUAUUUCAGCACUUCUGAAAUGAUUCAAUCUCUGAUAAUUUCCACAAACAUAUCCAGUUUUUUAGCUGGGGUGCUAGCUUGGAAAGAUCCUCAAGUGCUUGUACCUGCUCUCCAAAUAGCAGAAAUCUUAAUGGAAAAGCUUCCUGGUACUUUUUCAAAGAUGUUUGUAAGGGAAGGUGUUGUUCAUGCUGUGGAUUCUUUAAUAAUAGCUGGAUCUAGCAGUACUGCUUCUUUGGAGCCAUCAUCAGGUGAAAAGUAUAAUGAUUCUAUUCCUGGUUCUUCACGUUCUAGGCGGUAUCGACGACGUAGUAGUAAUUCGAGUUCAGAUGUAAAUCCUGCUGAAGACACUAGAAGUUCAGCUCCGAGUAUUGGUUCACCUCCAAAUUCAAUUGAAAUUCCAACUGUCAAUUCUAGUCUUCGAGCGACAGUCAGUGCACGUGCUAAAGCUUUCAAAGAUAAAUACUUUCCAUCUGAUCUGGAGGGCCGUGAAACUGGUGUUACAGAUGAUCUCCUACGCCUCAAGAAUCUUUGCGCGAAGUUGAAUGCCAGUAUUGAUGAUAAAAAGACUAAAUUAAAGGGGAAAUCAAAAGCUUCUGAUUCUCAGCUUUCUGAUUUUUCUACUCUUAAGGAGGAAUACUUGGUUGAGGUGAUAACUGAGAUGCUGCAAGAGCUUAGCAGAGGGGAUGGUGUGUCGACUUUUGAGUUUAUUGGUAGUGGAGCCAUUGCCUCUUUGCUUAACUAUAUAACUUGUGGAUAUUUCUCCAAAGACAGUUCUUCUGAAGUUAAUUUGCCUAAGCUUCGAGAACAUGCCAUCAGAAGGUGCAAAUCUUUUGUUACUGUUGCUCUUCCUUCAGGCAUUGAUGAAAAGAAUGGAGCUCCCAUGAGUGUUUUGGUUCAAAAACUUCAAGAUGCUCUAUCCUCGUUAGAGCGUUUCCCUGUCGUGCUGAGCCAUACGUCUCGAUCAUCUGGUGGGAAUGCACAUCUUUCUUCUGGUCUAGGUGCACUUUCUCAGCCAUUCAAGCUGCGCCUUUGCAGAGUACAAGGAGAAAAAUCUCUCCGUGACUACUCGUCAAAUGUUGUGCUGAUUGAUCCAUUAGCAAGUUUAGCUGCCGUUGAAGACUUCCUUUGGCCCCGAGUUCAACGAUACGAGUCUGGUCAAAAGCUUUCUUCUGCUGGGAAUCCCGAGUCUGGGACCACUCCUCCAGCAGCUGGUGCAUCGUCACCAUCUACUUUCACUCCAGCUGCUCGACGUAAUUCAAUGCGAUCUAGAUCAUCAGUUCUUUUAGGUAGUACUGCCAAGAAAGAGUCAUCCCACGAAAAAGAUACAAGCUCGUCAAAGUCAAAGGGAAAAGCUAUUUUGAAGCCAACCCAAGAAGAGGGAAGAGGACCGCAGACAAGAAAUGCUGCUCGCAGAAGAGCAGCUCUGGAUAAAGAUGCGCAGAUGAAGCCUGUAGAUGCAGACUCUAGUUCGGAUGAUGACUUGGACAUUUCUCCCAUUGAACUCAAUGAAGAAUUGGUGAUUGAAGAUGAUGAUAUAUCCGAAGAUGAUGAUGAGCAUGAUGAUGUACUUAGAGAUGAUUCUCUUCCCUUCUGCACGCCAGAUAAAGUGCAUGAUGUUAAAUUGAGCGACUCUGCAGAAGAUAGCGCUGCUGUUGAACCCAUAGAUGGCCAGAAUAAUCCGCCUUGUAGUUCUAGCCACAGAGAUACUGCAGGGAGAGAAUCGGAUUCUGCUGAAUUUAAGAGUGGUAGUUCUUUUGGUUCAAGAGGUGCAAUGUCCUUUGCUGCUGCUGCUAUGGCUGGACUUGCAUCUGCUAAUAGUAGAGGUGAAAGAGGCAGAGAUCGGCAUGGUCGACCACGUUUUGGGUCCAGCGAUCCGCCAAGACUAAUAUUUACGGCAGGCGGGAAGCAGCUUAAUAGACAUUUGACUAUUUAUCAGGCUAUCCAACGACAACUUGUGCUGGAAGAUGAUGAUGAUGAGAGAUUUGAUGGCAGUGAUUUUGUGUCGAGCGAUGGUAGUAGGCUCUGGAGAGAUAUUUACACCAUCAUGUAUCAGAGAGCAGAUAGCCAAGCUGAUAAGUCUUCGGUUGGGGCUGAGAACUCGGCAGCUCCAUCAAGGUCUACAAAAGCUAGUUUAUCGAGUAUAUCCAAUUCAGAUUCAUUGCAGCAUCGUGUCUCACUUUUAGAUAGCAUUUUGCAAGGGGAACUUCCUUGUGAUCUGGAAAAAAGUAAUCAUAUUUAUAAUAUUUUAGCACUAUUACGUGUACUGGAGGGGUUGAAUCAGCUUGCACCGCGCUUGCGGGUGCAGGGGGCGGUUGAUAGUUUCGCUGAAGGAAAAAUUGCAAGUCUAGAUGAUCUUGGUGACAUUGGUAUCAAAGUUCCUCCUGAGAAAUUCAUCAGUAGCAAACUUACUCCAAAAUUGGCUAGACAGAUCCAGGAUGCAUUAGCACUGUGCAGCGGGUCUCUUCCUUCAUGGUGCUACCAGCUGACUAAAGCAUGCCCAUUUUUGUUUCCCUUUGAAACCCGGCGCCAAUAUUUUUAUUCAACUGCUUUUGGACUGUCUCGUGCAUUAUAUCGGCUUCAGCAGCAGCAAGGUGCUGAUGGUUAUGGUUCAACAAAUGAAAGAGAGGGAAGGAAUGGAAGAUUACAGCGUCAGAAAGUUCGUGUGUCUCGCAAUCGGAUAUUGGAUUCUGCUGCAAAAGUUAUGGAAAUGUAUUCCAGUCAGAAAGCUGUUCUUGAGGUUGAAUAUUUUGGUGAAGUUGGCACUGGAUUGGGGCCUACUCUGGAGUUUUUCACUCUUUUGAGUCACGACCUUCAAAAAGUAGAACUGGGAAUGUGGAGGUCAAAUUUGCAAUCAUUUAGACCUUCAAUGGAAGUAGAUGUGGACAGACAAGCGGAUAGGAAAGCUGAGGGUGAUGGAGAUAUUAUCCAAUCACCUCUUGGGUUAUUUCCCCGUCCUUGGCCACCCAAUGCUGAUACUUCUGAUGGUAGCCAAUUUUCUAAAGUUACUGAAUAUUUCCGGUUGCUUGGUCGUGUUAUGGCGAAAGCUCUCCAAGAUGGAAGGCUUUUGGAUUUGCCUCUAUCAGUUGCCUUUAAUAAGCUUGUUCUCGGUCAAGAUCUGGAUUUGCAUGAUAUCAAUUCUUUUGAUGCUGAACUUGGGACUACCCUGCAACAAAUGCAUGCCCUAGUAUGCCGGAAACAGCAUUUGGAAUCAAUGGGUAGUCUUACCUUAGAUGAUUUACGUUUUCAAGGGGCUUCAAUUGAAGAGCUUUGUUUAGAUUUCACCCUUCCAGGCUAUCCUGAAUAUGUUCUCAAACCAGGCGACAAGAAUGUAGAUAUAACUAGUUUGGAGGAUUAUAUUUCCCUUGUGGUUGAUGCAACUGUGGGGACUGGAAUAUUGCCGCAAAUUGAAGCAUUUAGAUCUGGCUUUAAUCAGGUUUUUGACAUUUCGACUCUACAAAUAUUUUCGCCAACUGAGUUGGACUAUCUGCUCUGUGGCCGCAGAGAGUUGUGGAAGGUAAUAUAUCCCUUGGAAUGACACACUUAUCACUCA